AUGUCUUUCAAGCUUCAAGGAACAUUCAUCUGCUCCCUUUGCAGCAAGUUCUGUGCAACACACUCUAAUUAUGGUUCACAUCUAGCUAUGCAGCAUCCCUAUGACAUAGCUCUUGUUUUCAAAGGAGAUACCCAACCUUUCCUACAUCAGACAAGGCUGGGACCCCAUUCCAAAUUCACCUGUGUGUCAGGAUGUCCCUUUACCAGCACCAAGCAUCUCCCCAUGUUGGCUCAUGCUGCAUCCCAUGUCAGAGAGUUAUCCAAUGAAGAUUUGAUCAGUCUUGAUCCCAAAGAUGAGCCAGAAAGACAACAGAUCCUCUAUAUCCCAGAUCAAGACCAAAACAAGUACCACAUCCCUCUCAACCAAGAACCAGUCCUGACUACCCAUGGUCUGGCCUAUCAUUCUAUCCUUCAAGUCUUCAUCUGCACCAUCUGCAAGAAUGGUGUCAGAGGUUCCCAUCUCUUGGCUCAUUGUCAACAACACUCUCUUCCCACCACCCCUCAAGAUAUCCUGGACAUCCUGGCUACCUACACCCCUCACACUGGGAGUCACCCUCCACUCCCCAGCUUUACCAACAGUCAGCCCAUGGUAGCCCUACCUUUACUCCCCAUCCAAGAGGGGUUUUCAUGUCAUCUCUGCAGAUUCUGCUGUCCUGCUCUCAACACCAUGAAAAACCACUUUUCCAGACAACACAAAGGCAACCCUUACAAGGAUCAUUCCUCAAACACCCAGCUACAGUGUCUAUACUCUCAAGGGACCAGGGUAUUCUUCCCAGUUCAACAACCAGACCAUGCUAUUGUGGGAGACACACUCUACUCCAGAUUCCUGCAAUCUCUACCUCCUCAGCCCAAGACACAACCCAUUGAGGCUUUGGGAGAGAAGGAGUAUUCUCCAUUGAUGAGGAGGCUUGGGUGGAUGAGACAUGUGGAGGGGCAUGAUCCAGUACUGCUUUCCAGUUUGGUAGCUGGGCCCAGGGUGGAUGAAGAGCAUCUUCACAUGCUGAAGAGAAUGGUCAAGGGGUAUUUCAAAGAGGUGGAGGAG